AUGAGAGGACCCGAGCUCGAUCAGACCGCGCUGACAAGCAUGCGCAGCCUGAGACCCAACGGAUUCCCACAGUUGAAUUGCUCGCCUGGAGUGGCAAGUGCACCUUCCAGUGCUCCAUCAAGUGCACCAACCACUGCAAGAUAUGGUGGACGGCAGAAGCUUGCGUUAAGUCACUCAAGUCUUCACGGACGACCAGCAGUUGGUGAGGAGGCGCUGGUACUGCAGAAAGACUUGAAGAAAAUGGAGGAAAAACUCGCAACUGCUGAACGUGAACGUGAUUGGGCCAUGACCGCGUUGAGGCAGAGCGAGUCUGAGCUGCAAAAACUUUUGUCACAGAAGGCCACUGGAGAUGCAGAUGGCAGUGAUGUCCGUCUGAACCACUACAGGGUACUGCUUGAGCUUCUGAACUUACGAUGCAGGCUGUUAGAGCAGUGGAUCGAGGAAGAGGCAUCCGUGAUGGCAGCUCAAGAAGAGGGCCAUGCUGAAGCCUUGAGACGCAUGGAACAACAGGUGCAGGAGUUGGCUACUGAAGUUGUGGAACAACAAGCCGCGUUCCAGGACCAAGUCUCUGUGAUGUCUGCCCAACAGGAGAAGCUGGAGCAGCAGCAUUGCGAGGACUAUUCCUUGUGGUCAGAGGAGUUGCUUCGAGGACGCGAAAAGGCUGCUGAAGAAAUUGCAGCCUUGCGAGAGGACUUGAAGCGACAGGAGAGUCUGUGGCAUCAGGAAUGGCUCAAAAUGCAGCAAGAGGCAUUUGUGCAAGGCAUCAACGUCCCAGAUCCACCAGGAUUUCUGCUGCAGUGGCUCGCAUCAGAGGAGAAUCCAGAUCUGAAGCAACAUGAGAAUGAAAGAGGACGAGCCGCGCUUUUGGAAACCAUACCGGAGGCAGCCACUGAGACAGAGGAGGAACAAGCUCCGACACCAAGUCAAGCUCAGACACCAAGUGCCCAGCCAACUGCCAAUGAAGCAGCGAGCAAGUCAGACGGCUCUUCUGCCAGAAGCUUUCCUGAAGUGCUUGGCAAAGACAAAGCAUGUGACUCUCAAGGAUCUUCAGCGCCUUCACCAACUUCCAGAAGUAGUCGCACCAGUCGCACUUCCUCGCUUUGCAUUUCAGUCCCAGAGGAUCUUCUGAAAAGCUUGGAAAGGGCUUCCGACAAGCAGCAGACAUCCAGAGCCUGGGCUAGAAUUGGCCAGUUUCACCAGCGGCAAAAGUGUUUUGAGAAGGCUAGGCAAGCGUACCAACAGGCGGUAAGCCUGGAUGCGACACAGCAUGGCUGCCUUGCCAAUUUGGCCCAGCUUGAGGCGCAUGCUGGCAAUGUCUCCACCGCCAAGGAGAUGCUUGCUGCAGCCUUGCUGCUGGACCCUUCAAACAAGAACUACAUUUCGUUCAGCAAAUGGCUGGCAAAUGGGAGCGCCUAG